GUAAGCGACUUAUUUUCAAUCUUCAUUCAUCACUCCAACCAACCAACCACCACCACCACCACCCAAACACUCACCUCAUGUCUUACAAGCCGCACCACCCGAUCGUGCCGACCAACCCGAAGGUCUGGCUCGACAUCGAGAUCGGCGGGGAGAAGGCGGGGCGCAUCACGAUUGAGCUCUUCGCGGAUGCGGCGCCGAAGACCGCCGAGAACUUCCGUGCGCUCUGCACCGGCGAAAAGGGCUUCGGCUACGCCGGGAGCCCCUUCCACCGCGUGAUUCCGAACUUCAUGUGCCAGGGUGGCGACAUCACGGCCGGGAACGGAACCGGAGGGAAGUCGAUCUACGGCCGCACCUUCCCCGAUGAGGGCUUCGCGGGAAAGGCGGGGCGGCACUUCGGCCCGGGCACCCUCUCCAUGGCGAAUGCCGGCCCGAACACCAACGGCUCCCAGUUCUUCCUCUGCACCGCGCCGACGAGCUGGCUGGAUGGAAAGCACGUCGUCUUCGGGCAGGUGCUCGAGGGCUAUGAUGUCGUGAAGGCGAUCGAGCGCGUCGGCUCCGAGGGGGGCGCGACGCGGAAACCCGUCAAGAUCGCCGCCUGUGGCCAGUUGAGCAAUUAA